AUGUCGCAGAAGCUCAUCCCCCAGAACCCGGCCGACGUCAUGGUCAUCCGCGACCUCACCCCCAACGUCACCACCUUCUCCGUCCCCUUCUCCCGCUUCGGCGCCGUCAAGAUCGGCGGCCGCGGCACCCUCGUCCGCCUGACCUCGGGCCGCCUCGCCAUCUUCUCCCCCGUCGCCCUCACCGACCACGUCCGCGCCAAGAUCGCCGACAAGGGCGGCGACCUCGCCUACAUCGUCGCCCCCGACAUCGAGCACCACAUCUUCCUCUCCGAGUACAAGGCCGCCUUCCCCGCCGCCAAGCUCGUCGGCCCCGACGGCCUGCCCCAGAAGCGCGCCAAGCAGACGGCCGACCCCAAGAUCAACCCGGCCGACGAGUUCGCCGUCGUCUUCAAGCCCGCCGCCGCCGGCGAACCCCCCGUCGUCGCCGUCGGCCCCGACUUCGACGCCGACUUCGAGUGCGAGUACGUCGACGCCCACCCCAACAAGGAGAUCGCCUUCUUCUACAGGCCCGACCGCCUCCUCAUCCAGGCCGACCUCCUCUUCAACCUGCCCCCCACCGAGCAGUACUCCCGCGCCCCCGAGGCCGAGAGGGACACCUCCUCCGGCCUCGCCAACCGCCUCUUUGGCGGCCUGCAGACCACCCAGGGCGACCUCAGGUGGACCAGGCGCUUCCAGUGGUACCUCAUCAGCAGCAAGGACCGCACCGCCUUCAACGAGAGCAUCCGCCGCAUCGACGCCUGGGACUUUGACACCAUCGUCCCCUGCCACGGCGACGUCAUCCAGGGCGACGGCAAGGAGAGGUUCAGGAACGUCUUUGAGUGGCACUUGGCCGGUCACAAGAAGUAG